CUUGGGGCUGUCAGGAGGGCGUGUCCUGAGUGUCAUGGCUGCUGUGUGUGGAGCACGCUGACUGGUGAUGAGGAUUAUGAAGCUGCUGGGGCUGGUGAAGAGGAGCUCUGUCAUUGAACACAAGGCUUUCCUGGCUGCCUGCUGUAGGUGUUCCAGGGAUGGGUCUCCUGCAGCACACAAUGGGAGAUGGAAGCACAGUUCUGCUGAUAACAAUCACCCAGAAGUGCAGUACAAACCUCUGCCUGAAUUUAUCGGAGAGCGGCUGCAGUGCUUCGAAAAGCUGAGAGAAAGAUAUGAAGUCAGACUGGCAGAGAGGGUAAAGGAGACUCGUCCAAUCAGGAUCUCCAUACUGGAUGGGACUGGGGUGAGCGGACACUCGUGGCGAACAACUCCCUUUGACGUGGCGGUACAAACCAGGCCAGGCUCUAUACACAAUAUCAUAGGAGCCCGAGUAAAUGGAUCGCUUUAUGAUCUGAGCAGACCCCUGGAAGAAGACUCAGACAUUGAGUUCCUCACGUUUGACUCUCGUGAAGGGCAAGAUAUAUUUUGGCAUUCGAGUGCCCAUGUCCUCGGGGCAGCUCUGGAGCAGUUCUAUGGGGGCCUCUUGUGUCAUGGACCCAGUACAGAGAAUGGCUUUUUCUACGACAUCCACCUGUCCAGCAGUAAUGUACAGGGCGGUGACCUUCCCAGUCUGGAAGCCGUCUGCAGAGAUAUCGUUAAACAAAAACUUCCCUUCCAGCGGGUGGAAGUGACACGGGAAGACUUACUAGACCUGUUUAAGUACAACAAGUUUAAAUUACAAAUCAUUGAAGACAAAGUGGAGGCAACUACAAGUGUUUACAGGUGUGGAAAUCUGGUUGACCUCUGCCAGGGUCCUCAUGUCAGGCACACGGGGCAAAUUAAAGCCAUUAAACUUCUCAAGAACUCAUCAGCCUUCUGGAGAGGGGACCCCACACGGGAUACAUUACAGAGAGUGUAUGGGAUCUCCUUCCCUGACCGUAAACAGAUGACGGAGUGGGAGAGACUGCAAGAAGAGGCAGCCAGCCGUGACCAUCGCAAGAUAGGAAGGGAUCAGAAUUUAUUCUUCUUCCAUGAAUGCAGUCCAGGAAGCUGCUUCUUUCUACCCAGAGGAGCCCACAUCUACAACGUCCUGAUAGACUUCAUAAAGAAUGAGUACAGAAAUCGGGGGUUCACAGAGGUCAUUACCCCCAACAUGUAUAACAACAAGCUAUGGCAGCAGUCUGGACACUGGGAGCAUUAUGGGGAGCAUAUGUUCUCUUUCACUGUAGAAAACGAGACUUUCUCUCUGAAGCCGAUGAAUUGCCCCGGUCACUGCUUGAUGUUUGAUCACCGACCCCGUUCAUGGAGGGAACUUCCGCUAAGGUUGGCUGAUUUUGGGGUGCUGCACAGGAACGAACUCUCAGGGGCGCUAUCGGGGCUCACCCGUGUCCGUCGCUUCCAGCAAGAUGACGCCCACAUAUUUUGCUCCAUGGAUCAGCUGGAAUGUGAAAUUAAUGGCUGUCUGGAUUUCCUCCGUGCAGUGUACACAGUAUUUGGGUUUACAUUUAAACUGUUCCUCUCCACACGCCCUGAGCAGUACAUGGGGGAACUGGAGGUCUGGCAGAGGGCUGAAAUGGAGCUGGAGAAAAGUCUAAACAGUUUUGGUCUUCCUUGGGAGCUGAAUCCAGGAGAUGGAGCAUUUUAUGGUCCAAAGAUUGACAUCCAGAUUCAGGAUGCCAUGGGCCGCUACCAUCAGUGUGCCACCAUUCAACUUGACUUUCAGCUCCCCAUCCGCUUCAACCUCACAUACACAAGGAAAGAGGACGGCACAGCAGAGAGACCAGUCAUGAUCCAUCGUGCUAUACUUGGCUCUGUGGAGAGGAUGUUGGCUAUUCUGGCAGAGAAUUACGCCGGGAAGUGGCCGUUCUGGUUGUCACCAUUCCAGGUCAUGGUGAUACCUACAGGAGCCAGCACUGAGGAUUAUGCCAAGGAGGUACAACGGGUCAUGCAUGAGCACGGCUUCAUGGUGGACAUGGAUACGGACCAAGGUACCACCUUCAGCAAGAAAAUCCGCAAGGCUCAGCUGGCGCAGUACAAUUUCAUUCUUGUGGUUGGCGAUCGAGAGAAACAGAACGGCACAGUCAACGUACGGACCAGAGACAGCAAACAGCACGGGGAGCGCAGCCUAACAGAACUGGUCUCCAGACUAUCGGAACUGUGCGAGUCACGGGUCAGGAAUGCAGAAGAGGUUUUCUAACAUAUACUAUUUACAGAAAUGCAGAUUCUUUAAAUUCUUAUAAAGAAAUACAUUUCACCCAAACAUAUUCUGCAGGUUCAAAAUACUCGGCUCUGCUGGAAUGAAUAGAUCUAAGAAAACUGUGACAACAAAGCAUUGAGCUGUAUCAUUCUCUGCAAUAAACUGCCACUGAUGUUGGCAAAGAUGUCCCUGACCACUGAGAGUGGAUGGGGUGGUGCAUUGACGACCAGUCUGAGACUGGGGGGGGGGGGGCGGCACUGACAUCCCAACCAACGGCCUUAAAGUGUAAUUCUCAUCAAAUUAUAACAAAGGCUUAUUCUACUCCCACCCCCCAUUCUAGGACUAUUCUAUCUACUCUGUAAUAGUACAGAUGUGUAUAUUUACCUAUUCUGAAGCCACUCUGGUAUAGUCACAUGACCGGCCUCUUUGUAGAGGAGGGGUAGCUGACAAUGGCGUCCCCUUUCACACUAGGGCGCUUUGCAGGCGCUAUAAUGCUAAAAAUAGUGCCUGCAAAGCACCCUGAAAGAAUCGGCCCUGUCUCUCCAAUGUUAAAGCCCAGAGAGCUUUCACACUGGAGCGGUGCGCUAGCAGGACG